GGCCGCAGUGGGGUGUUUUUGUAAGCGGCCCUCUUAUUUUGUUAGGCGCAUCACCGGAAGAAGCUGCAUUACGUCGGUAUGAACUUGACGGUUUCAGAAGGCCACCGAGCAGCGCUGCUGCAGCACUUGAGCUGCGAGGUUCCGACACUUUUUUGUGGAUCUUUUCGUGAGGAUUUGACGGGGACAAAAGACGACCAAAGAGGCUCCGCAAACACAUUUAAAGCGCCCGACGACGGCGGAAUGGCGGACAGGGACCCGGUGCCGAUACCCGUCGAGGUUCGGGCCAAACUGGCCGAGCUGGAGUUGGAGUUAUCCGAAGGUGACAUCACACAGAAAGGAUAUGAGAAGAAGAGGUCCAAGCUGAUUGGAGCGUAUUUCUCACAAGGCCCAGGCGUGGAUCCAUCCACAGGCCAGGAGAGGAGAAUGCCGACCACUCCAUCCUCGUCCUCUCGCUACCGCCGCCGCUUAUCUGGGUCACGGGACGAACGCUACCGCUCAGACGUGCACACCGAGGCGGUACAGGCGGCGCUGGCCAAGCACAGAGAGAGGAAGAUGGCGGUGCCCAUGCCUUCCAAGCGUCGCUCUCUGGUGGUCCAGAACUCCAUGGAGGCCUACACACCACCGGAUACCUCCUCCGGGUCAGAGGGCGAAGGUCAUGGCGACGAGGAGGAAGAGGGCGAGGGAGUGGACGGUGAAGAGGAGGAUGGGGGCGGUGGUGGUGGCGGAGGAGGAACGUCGUCCAGCCUGGAGGGCGGCAUCAGCAUGGAGCACUGGAUCAGCCGCGCCAUCCACGGCACCUCCUCUACCACCAACACCACCUCCUCCACCUCCUCAUCCUCCUCCACUCGCAGCGGGAGCAGCGGGGUGGCGCGCGCUCGACUGGCCGAGGUCCUAGCCCAGCACGUGCACAUCUCCGCCCAUCAGCACCACCUGCGCCUCCACCACCAGCACCACCAGCACCACAAGGCCGAGAACCACCCAGCCCCUCAGCCAGAUGUUACCGGCUACACCAACAAUGACAGGAUCCAGACAGAGAAGACCCCCAGUGACGGCCCCCUGGUCCAGAGACAGACACCAAAGUACGGCAACGCUGAACUGAUGGAGACGGGAGACGGUGUUCCAGUCAGCAGCAGAGUUUCAGCCAAAAUCCAGCAGCUGGUCAACACCCUGAAGCGACCCAAAAGACCUCCAUUGCGAGAGUUUUUUGUUGACGACUUUGAGGAGCUACUGGAGGUCCAGCAGCCUGAUCCCAACCUGCCCAAAGCCGAGGGCUCCCAGAUGGUGGCCGUGCAAGGGGAGGAGCUGGGCGUGGUCACCAACUGGCCCCCGUGUCUGGAGGCGGCCCUGCAGAGGUGGGGCACCAUCUCCCCAAAGGCCCCCUGUCUCACCACCAUGGACACCAACGGCAAGCCCCUCUGCCAGCUCACGUAUGGUAAAUUGUGGACCAGAAGUGUGAAGGUAGCGUACAACCUGAUGCAUAAACUAGGAACCAAACAGGAAGCUGUCAUCAGACCAGGAGACAGAGUGGCGCUGGUCUUCCCAAACAAUGACCCAGCUUCCUUCAUGGCGGCGUUCUACGGCUGCCUGCUGGCCAAUGUGGUCCCGGUGCCCAUAGAAGUCCCUCUGACCAGGAAGGACGCCGGCAGUCAGCAGAUUGGCUUCCUGUUGGGUAGCUGUGGCGUCAGCGCGGCUCUGACCAGUGACGCCUGCCACAAAGGACUUCCCAAGAGUCCCACUGGAGAGAUCCCACAGUUCAAAGGCUGGCCCAAGCUGCUCUGGAUUGUCACAGAUUCUAAACACCUAUCCAAGCCCCCCCGAGACUGGUUCCCUGAUGUCAAGGACGCCAACCAGGAGACGGCCUACAUUGAGUACAAGACGUGCAAAGAUGGCGGCGUCCUGGGCGUGACGGUGACGCGUGUCGCCAUGCUGAGUCACUGUCAGGCCAUCACGCAGGCGUGCACGUACACAGAAGCUGAAACCAUCGUCAAUGUUCUGGACUUCAAGAAGGACGUUGGACUCUGGCACGCUGUCCUCACUAGUGUGAUGAACAUGAUGCAUGUCAUCAGCGUUCCUUACGCCCUCAUGAAAGUCAACCCUCUGUCCUGGAUACAGAAAGUGUGUCAGUUUAAAGCCAAGGUGGCGUGCGUGAAGUCACGUGACAUGCACUGGGCUCUGGUGGCCCAUCGGGACCAGCGUGACAUCAACCUGAGCUCUCUGAGAAUGUUAGUGGUGGCCGACGGCGCCAAUCCUUGUAAGACACACACACACACACACACACACACACACACACACUUAUCUUUGGCCUCCCAGCAGCAUGGUGUGUCUGAUGAAGCCCCGCCUCCUCUCCAUCUUUUCGUCCCUGUCUCAGGGUCCAUCUCGUCAUGUGAUGCCUUCCUCAACGUAUUCCAGACCAAAGGUUUGAAGUCAGAGGUCAUCUGUCCCUGCGCCAGUUCCCCCGAGGCGCUGACUGUUGCUAUCAGGAGGCCGCUGGGGGAGGGCAGCACACCCCCAGCCCGCGGCGUCUUGUCCAUGCAGGGUCUGAGUCACGGCGUGAUCCGAGUGGACUCGGAGGAGAAGCUGUCGGUGCUCACGCUGCAGGAUGUCGGCCACGUCAUGCCUGGAGCUGAGAUGUGCGUGGUCAAGUUGGACGGCGUUCCUCAGUUAUGCCAAACAGACGAGAUUGGCGAGCUUUGCGUGUGUACGGCAGCCACAGGGACGUCCUACUACGGCCUGACGGGAAUGACCAAGAACAGCUUUGAGGUGGUUCCCGUGACCAACAGCGGCAUUCCCGUCAGCGAGUUCCCCUUCACCAGGACAGGCCUGCUGGGCUUCAUCAGCGCCUCGGGGCUCAUCUAUGUGGCGGGAAAGAUGGAGGGUCUGAUGGUGGUGGGGAGGCGCCACCAUAACGCAGACGACAUUGUUGCCACGGCGCUCGCUGUGGAGCCCAUGAAGUUUGUCUACAGAGGAAGGAUAGCCGUGUUCUCCAUCGAGGUCCUCCAUGAUGAAAGGAUUGUGGUGGUUGCCGAGCAGCGUCCUGAUUCCACGGAGGAGGACAGCUUUCAGUGGAUGAGCCGAGUCCUGCAGGCAAUAGAUGGCAUCCACCAAGUGGGCGUGUACUGUUUGGCCCUGGUUCCGUCCAACACGCUGCCAAAGACGCCGCUGGGGGGAAUUCACCUGUCUGAGACCAAGCAGCUCUUCCUGGAGGGGGCCCUGCACCCCUGCAACGUCCUCAUGUGUCCUCACACCUGCGUCACCAACCUGCCCAAACCUCGACAGAAACAACCAGAGAUUGGCCCCGCCUCUGUGAUGGUGGGGAAUCUGGUGUCUGGAAAGAGGAUUGCUCAGGCCAGCGGGAGAGAUUUGACUCAGGUUGAGGACAAUGACCAGGCAAGGAAGUUCCUCUUCCUGUCUGAGGUUUUACAAUGGAGAGCCCAGAGCACGCCAGAGCACAUCCUCUACACGCUGCUCAACUCCAGGGGUGCAACAGCCAGCUCAGUGACAUGUCUGCAACUCCACAAGCGAGCAGAGAAGACAGCAGCAAUGUUGGCUGAACGGGGACACCUGCAGGACGGAGAUCACAUUGCACUGGUCUACCCACCAGGUAUCGACCUUAUCGUGGCUUUUUACGGCUGCUUGUAUGCCGGCUGUGUGCCCGUUACAGUGCGACCUCCUCACCCUCAGAACAUCUCCACCACGCUGCCUACUGUCAAGAUGAUUGUGGAGGUGAGUCGUUCGGCGUGCGUGAUGACUACCCAGGUCAUCUCCAAGCUGCUCAGGUCAAAAGAAGCGUCGGCUGCCGUGGAUGUGCGCACGUGGCCACCCAUCCUGGACACAGACGAGUUGCCAAAGAAGAAAGCUCCUGUGCUUUUUAAACCCUCCAACCCUGACAUGCUGGCGUACCUGGACUUUAGCGUGUCCACCACUGGCAUGCUCGCUGGAGUCAAAAUGUCUCAUACAGCCACUAGCGCCUUCUGUCGAUCCAUCAAGCUUCAGUGUGAGCUGUACCCGUCCAGAGAGGUGGCCAUCUGCCUCGAUCCGUAUUGUGGUCUGGGCUUUGUCCUCUGGUGCCUUUGCAGUGUGUACUCGGGCCAUCAGUCCAUCCUGAUCCCGCCAUCUGAGCUGGAGGUCAACCCGUCCUUGUGGCUGUGGGCUGUCAGUCACCACAAAGUGCGGGACACGUUCUGCUCGUACAGCGUCAUGGAGCUGUGCACCAAAGGUCUGGGUGUGCAGACGGACGCCCUGAAGUCUCGGGGCUUGGACUUGUCCCGCGUGAGGACCUGCGUGGUGGUUGCUGAGGAACGACCCAGGACCUCUUUGACGCAGUCUUUCUCCAAGCUCUUCAAGGACCUGGGACUCCACCACCGAGCCGUUAGCACGUCCUUUGGCUGCAGGGUCAACCUGGCCGUCUGCCUGCAGCUACACAGGCUGGGACAGUCGGCCAAUCAGGGAACGUCUGGUCCUGACCCGACCACCGUCUUUGUUGACAUGAGAGCGCUGCGUCACGACAGGGUGCGGCUCGUGGAGAGGGGGUCACCUCACAGUCUGCCCCUGAUGGAGUCUGGCAAGAUCCUUCCCGGUGUUCGCAUCAUCAUUGCCAACCCGGAGACCAAGGGACCAAUGGGAGAGUCUCACCUGGGAGAGAUUUGGGUGCAGAGCGGACACAACGCCAGCGGCUACUUCAGCGUCUAUGGCGACGAGGCGCUGCAUUCGGACCACUUCAACUCCCGCCUCAGCUUUGGAGACACACAAACCGUGUGGGCUCGAACGGGCUACUUGGGCUUCCUACGCAGGACCGAGCUCACCGACGCCAGCGGAGAGCGUCACGAUGCUCUGUACGUGGUGGGCGCCUUGGAGGAGGCCAUGGAGCUGAGGGGGAUGAGGUACCACCCCAUCGACAUCGAGACCUCCGUCAUCAGGGCGCACAAGAGCAUCACCGAGUGCGCCGUGUUCACGUGGACCAACCUGCUGGUGGUGGUGGUGGAGCUGGAUGGCUCUGAGCACGAGGCUCUGGACCUGGUACCGCUGGUGACCAACGUGGUCCUGGAGGAGCACUACCUGAUUGUGGGCGUGGUGGUGGUGGUGGACGUCGGCGUCAUCCCCAUCAACUCCCGCGGCGAGAAGCAGCGCAUGCACCUGCGUGACGGCUUCCUGGCCGACCAGCUGGACCCCAUCUACGUGGCCUACAACAUGUAGAGCCCCCAUUACACCCCCGGGGGGGGGGGGUCCGGAGUGGCAUCAGAAGGACUGUGGAUGUUUUUAGGAAGAAGCAGAUAGUUUUGAGGAAGUUGUAAAAAGGCUUUGAAGCCCUGAAUGGCGUCCGUCCAGGCUGGUUUCCUUUUGCACUUUGAGGCCACUCUGCUUACCAAAAAGGUGACAGCAAGUUGAUGCUUCUAAUGUUUAACGUCCCAAAUGAUUUGUCAUUUCUGCUUCAAGUCAGCUCCAAAAGCUGUCUGCUGUUUCACACACACACACACACACACACAUUUUGUAGCCUCAACAACAGAAAGAUGUUUUGAUACCAGUCCUUUGCUUACUUUUUUUUACCUGAUACACCUUAGCUCAUUUGCAUAACUGACCAGCCGCAGCCUUGGACAUAUCAUGUAAGUAUGUAUAAAAACCACAAGUCAUUUAAUUUAUUUUGUCUCUUUUGCAAGUCAGCCACGACACUUUGAAGAAUGUUUCAUGUAACAAAAAACCAAAACAAUCAUCUUUAUUAUGGAAAGUAUAGCAUUUGAUUAGUUUACACUCAAUCCUCCAAAGUCCUUUGUCCUUUUUUCAACAUUCAGUAUUUGUGACAUUCAGUCACUUGCUGACCUCUAGUGGUCCAAGUUGACAACACGUCCAAGUUAAUAAUACAAAUCCUCAAGCACCUCCUGCUGGCAAAUGUGCGGCUUUGUAACGUCACAAAAUCCAACUCUGUCAGGAGUACAUAGGGUCUUCAGAGGUUGUGAAUGUUCUCAUUUCAACAAAAAUAUAUUUUGGAAAAAGAAAAAGCACUUUGCUCAAUUUUUGUUUUUAAAUUGUCUUUUUGGACUUUUCAUGUCUGUUUUGACAAUAAAAAUCAAACAUGUUGCCUUAAAUGUUGCAUGUUUGCU